CACAAACGCGUUUCUUUCACGAGUAAUAAAAAGUGACAUCAAUUCAACUCCUAUUUUUUGUUGUUGAUUAUUAUAAUAAAUAUGAACUGUAAAAAUGAUCACAAAAUUAAGAGUUCUGAUUACCAUACGCCUGCAGAAUGGAGGCAUAGGGGUGAACUGGAAAUUAUGGCAUCCGAAGAACAACAGGAGUUGGCCCAAAGGUUGACACUUGAAGCUGACCGGUUAGUCGAUCAAGCUAAAGACGCUGUGGGGAAAAAUAAGCUAGAGAUCGACCAUCAGUCAAAAGUGAAAGUCAAAGAUAUUGAGUACAAGUGCAAAGAACUAGAAAAACAAAAAGAUGGUGUAAAUGAAGAGAUUCGGUUGCUUUUAGGCUAUCAGACCCGCAUCGAAAAUGCCAAGAAACAACUAGUCGGUGACGCGCUCGAAGCCAUUGCUGAGUGCCUUAGGCUUAGAAACUGUCGGCAGGGUAUAGACUUAGUGUUCGAUGACGUCGAGAAAGAAUUGUUAAAAGAACGGGAACUUAUCAAAGUUGUAAACAGUCAGCUCGAAGAUUUGGUAGAAAAAGUCAAGGUGCAGAUAAGGAAAUUGAGGGAGUUCGUUUACAAUUUGGCCGAAGAUUUACUCCAUAAAGAAAAUACGUUGAAAAUCGAAGAGUGCAACGAAAAGCUCAACGAAAACAGCAUUGAGUUGUCAGUUUUGAAUGACAAAAAUAUAAUAAAACCGGCAGAGAUUUCGUUCACAAAAUGGGAUCAAUUCACCACGGACAUUAUAUUGGCUGCCAGUAAAGUGCUAAUAGACGGUCGACCUAUUCGUGCAUAUUUUGACAAGUGUCUAAGUAAAAUUAUAAAUGACUUGGUGUGCCAAUCAGACGAAGUCGAACAAGCAUUUAAAUCACGGGUGCAAGAAUAUGUAGCAAUGAUUGAAAAAUUGAGCAAACAAAGAGAUGAAGUAUGUAUGAAAUGUUAG